CAAGAUGGCAGGCGUCGGAGACUCGCUUCCGCUUCCGGUGUAAGCGGCCCGGCCGGGGGGGCAAGAUGGCGGCGGCAGUAGGGGUCCGUGGACGGUACGAGCUGCCGCCUUGCUCCGGCCCAGGCUGGCUCUUCAGCCUUUCCACCUUGCUGAGUGUGGCGGCACGAGGAGCCUUCGCCACCACGCACUGGGUCGUCACGGAGGAUGGGAAGAUCCAGCAGCAGGUGGAUUCACCAAUGAACUUGAAGCAUCCUCAUGACCUAGUCAUAUUAAUGAGACAAGAAACAACAGUUAACUACCUCAAAGAAUUAGAGAAACAAUUAGUUGCUCAAAAAAUUCACAUAGAAGAGAAUGAGGACAGAGACACAGGACUGGAACAGAGACAUAAUAAAGAAGACCCCGACUGCAUCAAAGCCAAGGUGCCCUUAGGGGACCUGGAUCUAUAUGAUGGCACAUACAUAACUUUGGAGAGCAAAGACAUCAGUCCUGAAGAUUAUAUAGACACAGAAUCUCCUGUCCCUCCAGACCCUGAGCAACCUGAUUGUACUAAAAUUCUAGAACUUCCAUAUAGUAUACAUGCUUUUCAGCACUUGAGAGGUGUACAAGAGAGAGUUAACCUUUCUGCACCUCUGUUACCUAAAGAAGACCCAAUCUUCACAUAUUUAUCUAAACGGUUAGGAAGGAGUAUAGAUGACAUAGGUCACCUCAUUCAUCAAGGCCUACAGAAGAACUCUUCCUCAUGGGUACUGUAUAACAUGGCGUCAUUUUACUGGAGAAUUAAGAAUGAGCCGUAUCAGGUAGUGGAGUGUGCCAUGCGAGCGCUUCACUUCUCUUCCAGGCACAAUAAAGACAUUGCCCUGGUCAAUCUGGCAAAUGUUCUACACAGAGCACACUUCUCUGCUGAUGCUGCUGUUGUGGUCCAUGCAGCUCUGGAUGACAGUGACUUCUUCACCAGCUAUUAUACCUUGGGGAAUAUAUAUGCAAUGCUUGGGGAAUAUAACCACUCAGUGCUCUGUUAUGACCACGCUUUGCAGGCCAAACCUGGGUUUGAGCAAGCUAUAAAAAGGAAACAUGCUGUUCUAUGUCAGCAAAAACUGGAGCAGAAAUUGGAGGCUCAACAUAGAUCUCUCCAGCGAACACUGAAUGAGUUAAAGGAAUAUCAAAAGCAGCAUGACCACUACCUGAGACAGCAGGAAAUCCUAGAAAAACAUAAACUGAUUCAGGAGGAGCAAAUCUUAAGAAAUAUCAUUCAUGAGACUCAGAUGGCAAAAGAGGCACAAUUAGGAAAUCAUCAGAUAUGCCGACUGGUCAACCAGCAGCAUAGUUUACAUUGCCAGUGGGACCAGCCUGUACGCUAUCAUCGUGGAGAUAUCUUUGAAAAUGUGGACUAUGUUCAGUUUGGUGAGGAUUCAUCAACCUCCAGUAUGAUGUCUGUGAACUUUGAUGUUCAAUCAAAUCAGAGUGAUAUCAAUGAUUCGGUCAAGUCUUCUCCCGUAGCCCAUUCUAUUCUCUGGAUUUGGGGCAGGGACUCUGAUGCAUAUAGGGACAAACAGCAUAUUCUGUGGCCUAAAAGAUCAGAUUGUACAGAAAGUUACCCUAGAGUCCCUGUUGGUGGGGAAUUACCAACGUAUUUUCUGCCUCCGGAAAACAAAGGACUCAGGAUCCACGAACUCAGCAGUGAUGAUUAUUCUACAGAAGAAGAGGCCCAAACCCCUGACUGUUCCAUAACUGACUUCAGAAAAAGCCACACUCUGUCCUACUUAGUCAAAGAAUUAGAGGUUCGCAUGGAUCUGAAAGCCAAAAUGCCAGAUGACCAUGCACGAAAAAUUUUGCUUUCCCGUAUUAAUAACUAUACUGUCCCAGAAGAAGAAAUUGGGUCUUUCUUAUUUCAUGCUAUUAAUAAGCCGAAUGCUCCUGUCUGGCUCAUACUCAAUGAAGCUGGACUAUACUGGAGAGCAGUAGGAAACAGCACUUUUGCUAUUGCCUGUCUUCAGAGGGCUUUGAAUCUAGCUCCAGUUCAAUACCAAGACAUUCCUCUUGUCAACUUGGCCAACCUUUUGAUUCACUACGGCCUUCAUCUUGAUGCCACUAAGCUACUACUUCAAGCUUUGGCCAUCAAUAGCUCUGAGCCUCUGACCUAUUUGAGCCUGGGAAAUGCUUACCUUGCUCUGAAGAAUAUCAGUGGGGCACUUGAGGCCUUUAGGCAGGCCUUGAAAUUAACCACCAAAUGCCCAGAGUGUGAAAACAGCCUGAAGUUGAUCCGCUGUAUGCAGUUUUAUCCUUUUCUGUACAACAUCACUUCUUCUGUCUGCAGUGAAUCAAUGGGAAUUGCACCAAAUCUUCGUCCAAAUGAUGAUGCCAUUGCGGGUAAUUGUCAUGAGAAAACCCUGGACAACAGCCAUGACAAACAGAAAUAUUUUGACAACUCACAGUCACUGGAUGCUGCUGAAGAAGAGCCCUCUGAGAGAGGAACAGAGGAGGACCCUGUAUUCUCUGUUGCGAAUUCAGGGAGGGACUCAGAUGCCCUUAGACUUGAAAGUACGGUGGUUGAGGAGAGCAAUGGUUCUGAUGAGAUGGAGAAUUCAGAUGAAACAAAAAUGUCAGAAGAAAUACUAGCUUUGGUGGAUGAAUUUCAACAGGCAUGGCCUUUGGAAGGCUUUGGGGGUGCACUGGAGAUGAAAGGGCGGCGUCUAGAUUUACAAGGAAUACGGGUGCUGAAGAAAGGUCCCCAGGAUGGGGUGGCGAAAAGCUCUUGCUAUGGAGACUGCAGAAGUGAAGAUGAUGAAGCAACAGAAUGGAUUACAUUCCAGGUCAAACGUGUAAAGAAACCCAAAGGAGAUCAUAAGAAAACUCCUGGGAAAAAAGUAGAAUCAAGUCAGAUAGAAAAUGGGCAUCGUUACCAAGCAAACCUGGAGAUCACUGGCCCCAAGGUGGCAUCUCCUGGGCCACAAGGAAAAAAACGUGAUUACCAGAGUCUGGGAUGGCCCAGCCCGGACGAAUGCCUCAAACUCCGCUGGGUAGAGCUGACUGCCAUCGUGAGUACCUGGCUUGCAGUUUCUUCAAAAAACAUUGACAUCACAGAACACAUAGACUUUGCCACCCCUAUACAGCAGCCUGCAAUGGAGCCUCUUUGCAAUGGCAAUCUCCCCACCAGUAUGCAUACCCUGGACCACUUGCAUGGGGUUUCCAACCGAGCCAGCCUGCACUACACGGGGGAGAGUCAGUUAACAGAGGUAUUGCAAAAUCUCGGCAAAGACCAAUAUCCACAACAGUCACUUGAACAGAUUGGCACCCGAAUUGCCAAAGUUUUGGAAAAGAACCAGACGUCCUGGGUCCUCUCCAGCAUGGCAGCCCUCUACUGGAGAGUGAGAGGCCAGGGAAAGAAGGCGAUCGACUGCCUCCGCCAGGCUCUGCACUAUGCGCCACACCAGAUGAAGGAUGUGCCCCUGAUUAGCCUGGCCAACAUCUUGCACAAUGCCAAACUCUGGAACGACGCCGUCAUAGUGGCCACCAUGGCGGUGGAGAUCGCACCACACUUUGCUGUGAACCACUUCACUCUGGGCAAUGUCUACGUGGCAAUGGAAGAAUUUGAGAAAGCACUGGUGUGGUAUGAAUCCACACUGAAGCUUCAGCCCGAGUUUGUCCCCGCCAAGAACCGAAUCCAGACCAUCCAGUGUCACUUAAUGCUGAAGAAGGGACGGCGCUCUCCUUAGUGGACUUCUCCUUUCUCUCUUUCUCUUCACUCACACUCUCAAAAAACAAAAAAGAAUAAGAAACCAAUCAUUGUCACUAUCUACUCUUAAUGAUAUGUGUGAAAAUAACUGAGUAAGACUUCUAACAGGACUUUUACAUAUGUGGGAAUUGGUUUGUUUUUGAUUUUAAGUUUCUUCUUUCCCCCAGCCCACCUCAGAAGAGGCACCUUCAGAAACACACAUUUCUUAAAAGGAAAGUGCAGCUUCAAGAUACUGUGUAAAUACUGAGCCAAGACAUUUCUGGAGCUGUGCUUUGUCUCCAAAACCUCAAUGCCUUUAGGGCUCUUCUCAGUGGUCCAGCAAGCCUCCUCCUUGAGGAGGAGGAAGCCGCAUUGCGCAUUCUCUGCUUCCUGUCGUAGCCUCUGUUGUCGAUGGAAAUGCAAAAGCCCAUCUGGUGCCAGUCAGUGAGAAGCCACGUUCUGCGCGCUCUCCGUUAGAUCUCCAUGCUGUCCCAGUCUUGUCUGUUCCAUGCUGCUGUGUUACAAACUCUCAGAGGUAGUUUGCAGGGGAGGAAGGGGAAUAUGAUUUUAAAAACAAAACAUUUACAACAACAAAAAUUCUUAGGAUCACCUGACCUUUGUAAUGUUAUUUAUGUUGGGGAGGGAGGGGGGCCGAGAAGGGGAAAUCAGCAGUGUGCAACAUCUUUAUCAUUUGUACUUUCAUUACAAAUCACAAGGAAACCAGUAAGUUGCAAUCCUAUAUAACAGGUUUAUAUAUAUAGAAUAUGUAUAUUUGAAGCCCUCUAUAGACUGAGUCUCUGUUUUACUAAUUCCUUGUUCACUGUGUUACCCAUCUUGGAAUAAGGUGUGAGUGUCAACUCCCUCUCUCUGAGGCCUCCAGACCUAGCUCCUCAGGAGAGUGAUGAGCUGAGGUUGAGUGUUUCCAUACAAUGCUUUUACCUUUGGUCCCAGGAGAAUCAGAAACUCCAACAUUUUGAAAUCUUCAAGGGCACAUACUGAAAAGAAAAAUAAAAGUUGUUUAUGAGCAAAA